AUGGAGCCCGGGAAGAGAAGAACGAAAGAUGAUACUUGGAAAGCAGAUGACCUCAGAAAACACCUCUGGGCCGCACACUCAGGUAAUCCCAAGGGAGAUAAGAAGCACAGAGAAAAGAAGCUUCGUAAGGAGUCAGAAGUGGACUUCCCUGAAGACAAAGAGCAAAAGCAUAGGGACCCAGACCGAGACACCAAGCACAGAGAGAGGCCUGCUGAGAGAGACGGUCACGCGUCCAGAGAGAACCCUCGUGGGGACAGAGACCGAGAAAAGCCAAGGGAAAGGAAAAAGGACUCCAGAGACCGGGACAGAGAAAGGCACAAAGAGAAAUACCGAGAGCAGGACGCAGACAAGUCUCACAGUCGAGGAAAAGACAGGGACAAGGACAGAGAGCGCAGAGCGAGGAGGGAGGAGCUGAGGCAGACGGCCCAGCACAACCUGCUGGGCUGGCAGCUCCCGGAGCCGGCGGAGCGCAGGGCGCGGGCAGGCAGCAAAGCAAGAGCGGAAGAGAAGGAGAGGAGAGACGAAGGCUCUGAAUGGGGGGACGAAGAGAGGGAGAGGCGGUACCGCGAAAGAAAGCUGCAGUACGGUGACAGUCAGGACAAUCCUGUUCAGUACUGGCUUUACAAAGAAGGAGGCGAGCAGAGACACAGGAGGCAGAAAGAAGCAGAUCGAGAGCAGAGACAUCGAGAAAAAAGCAGCGUGAGGGAAAAAAGAGACAAGCACUCAAGAGAAAAAAGUAACUCGUUCUCUGACAAGCCUGAACGGGAAGACAGACACAGAGAGAAGCGUCACAGGGAAGGCGCUCGUCUCGAUGAAGAGAGGCAUCCCGGUGACACGGGUAGAAAAGAGAGGUCGUCAAGAGAGGAGCUGAGGAAAAGAGAGUCCAAGGACAGUGAGCACAGAAAUCGGGGUGCAGGUUCAAGGAGAGAUCCGACCAGCAGCCAGGAAGGAUCAUGCGCUCUCUGGUAUGCAGAGAGUUUAGUAAGAAAUAAUGGAAAAGAUAAAGACUCAAGAAAGAAGAGCAGCCGAGAGGGCUCCGCGGUGGGGAAGCAGGCUCUGAGACCAGGACGUGCAGAAAUUGCGGAAAUUGAAAAGGAAGACACUGAUAUAGAAAAUGCUGGAACUGAUGAAUAUACACCUUGUUUGGAAGAUGAUUUUGAAGACUACGAAGAUGACUUUGAGGUUUGUGAUGGAGAUGACGAUGUCUCAAAUGAACUGGAACCAAAAGAGAAAAUCGAAGAGCUUCCUCUGGCUAGAAAAAAGGAGAUACAAGAAAUUCAGGAAGCCAUUAAUGCAGAAAACGAAAGGAUUGGCGAGUUGUCCUGCAAACUGUCUCAGAAGCGGGGUCUGACGGAGGGUGAGAGGGAGGCAGAGACAGAUGCAAACAGUUCCCCUUCCAGAGCCCCUGUUUGUGGAAUUUUCAUGGAUUUUGCGACAGCCUCACGCCGACAGAAGAGUCGGACUCAGGCCCUUAACCAAAAGGCACGCAGUACAAAACUGCUCCGGCUCAUUGACUUGGAUUUUUCACUCACUUUCUCUCUCUUGGACCUACCACCAGUAAAUGAGUAUGACAUGUAUAUCAGAAACUUCGGGAGAAAAAACACCAAGCAGGCAUAUGUUCAGUACAAUGAAGAUAAUGUUGACAGAGACACCCAGACCGAAGAGGUAGAGACCAAGGGAGUGUGGAGCCAGCACCCGGGAGAGGGCACGGCUGUGUCAGGGGGGAGUGGCAGUGGAGAUCCCUGUGACACCGGUGCCCCGAAGGUCAACACGCCCGGGCUGUCCCGCUUCCUUCGGGCCGCUUGCCAGGUGAUUGCGGUUUUGCUGGAAGAGGACCGUAUGGCAGCGGAGCCCAGCUGGAGCCCCGCAGCACAGGACAGCGCCCUGCGUAUCAGUGACAGCGCCUCCCAGCUGAAUACCAGCCUGCCGUUCCUCCAGAAUCGGAAAGUGUCCUGCUUAUGUGCCUCUCAGGUGCAGAGGCAGACAGUGGUAUCUGUCCACGGGCCGCCUGGAGCAGCAUUUGAUCCCGCGCUGGAUGGCAGAUACGUGCUGUGUGUGUGGGAUAUCUGGCAGCCUUCAGGGCCGCAGAAGGUCCUGAUAUGUGAGUCAGAGGUCACGUGUUGCUGCUUUAGCCCUUUUAAAGCCUUUUUACUGUUUGCCGGAACAGUGCACGGCUCAGUCCUCGUGUGGGACCUACGAGAAGACUCCAGAAUACAUCACUAUGUGAAGCUGGGUGACUGCUUCUGGACGUUCAGGACAGCAACGUUUUCUACUGACGGCCUCCUGACUUCAGUAAACCACCGCGGUCCUGUUCAAGCCGUAGAACCCAUCUCCACGUCUGUCUACAAAAAACAGAGUUUUGUGCUUUCCCCCUUUUCUACCCAAGAAGAAAUGUCAGGUUUGUCGUUCCACGUUGCUUCCCUGGAGGAGAGUGGGGUUCUCAACGUUUGGGUGGUGGUUGAACUACCGAAGGCAGAUCUCGCAGGCUCACUAAGUGACUUAGGUUUAAUACCUGGAGGGAGGAUAAAAUUGGUGCACAGCGCCACGAUUCAGCUGAGCGACAGCCUUUCCCAUAAAGGCUAUGAAUUCUGGGGGGCCGCACAAACCCUCAGUGUGAAGUUUCUUCCUUCAGAUCCUGGUCACUUCAUUGUUGGCACAGACAUGGGUCUUAUAAGUCAUGGCACCAGACAGGACUUGAGAGUAUCUCCCAAAUUGUACAAACCCCAGCAAUGUGGGAUGAGACCAGUCAGAGUGCAUGUGAUGGAUUUUUCACCAUUUGGAGAACCAAUAUUCUUGGCUGGCUGUUCCGACGGAAGCAUCAGGCUGCAUCAGCUGACCAGCGAGUGCCCUCUCCUGCAGUGGGACGGUGGCACCGAUGGCCGUGCCAUCACGGGCCUGCGCUGGUCCUUGACCAGACCUGCCGUGUUUCUGGCCCAGGAUGACACUUCCUGCAUUUAUAUUUGGGACCUCCUGGAAAGCGAUUUGGGUCCUGUGGCCAAACAGCUGAUCUCUCCGGACAAGCUGGUGGCCAUGACGAUCGUGGGUGAGGCAGAGAAGGCCAGCGGCGGCUUCCUGGCCCUGGUGCUGGCCAGGGCCUCCGGCAGCGUGGACGUCCAGUUCCUGAAGAGGGUGUGGGCGGCCCCCGCGGGAGACGAGCUCGGGAGGCUGCGGCUGCUCUUGCGGGAAGCUCUGUAG